GAGCUUCUCCCCGCCCCUCCAGCCUCCAGGCCGCGUUCAGUCCGCGCCGGCGAGUGGCGGAGAAAAGAGCGUCCGGGCCUCGCGCCGCGCACGCACUGAGGCGGGGGCGCGCUGGGAACCGACACGAUCCGCCCCGGAGCCGCCGGCGGCGGCGGAACCCUCCCCCCUCCCGCGCCGCGCGGCCAGGGCAGCAGCAUGCGCGGCUCCCCCGGGCGCGCCAGCCGCUGAGCCCCGCCCGCCGCCGCCGGGGCCUCUCGGAUGCUCGAGGCCCCUCCGGGCUGAGGAUGCUGAAGAUGAAGCUGCCGCUGAAACAGACGAGCCACCGGGCGGAGGAGGCGGCGGGGAUGGGGCUGAAGGAGCCGGGUAACCGGGACUGUCACCUCCAGCUGCAGCAGGUGCCCCGGCCGCCUCCCCGAGGCGGGGCGUCGGCGGGGUGCGGGCGGGAGCGCCCCAACCAGCUGCCUGGCUUGGGCCCGGGCCCUGGGCCGCCGCCGGCUCCUGCCGCGGGCGUGGCGGCCGCCCGCACGGACAAGGAGACGGUGUACGAGUGGUUCGGCCUAGUGCUGGGCUCGGCGCAGCGGCUGGAGUUCAUGGUGGGGCUGCUGGACUUGUGCAACCCGCUGGAGCUGCGCUUCCUGGGCUCCUGCCUGGAGGACCUGGCCCGGAAGGACUACCACUGCCUGCGCGACGCCGAGGCCAAGGCCAACGGGCUCAGCGACCCCGGGCAGCUCGGAGACUUCCGAGACCCGGCCGUGCGCUCCAAGCUCAUCGUCUACCUGGCGCUGCUGGGCUCCGAGAACCGAGAGGCCGCCGGCCGCCUCCACUGCCUGCUGCCCCAGGUGGGCUCUGUCCUGAAGAGCUGCGGGGCUCGGGUGCGGGAGGAGGAUGGGCCCGAGGAAGACAUGGAAGGGCCUGGAGAAAACGGCCAGGCCCUCCCUGUUGAGAGCCUGGGCUUCGGGGCGCAGGAGGAGCUACUGUUGCUGUUCACUAUGGCUUCUCUGCACCCCGCCUUUUCCUUCCACCAGCGGGUCACCCUGAGGGAGCAUCUGGAGCGGCUGCGGAGGGCCCUCUGUGGGGACCAGGAGGAGGAUGCUGCCUUCGGCCCUGCAGCUCAGAAUGACUUUUCCCAUAAUGACUGCAUGCCAAGUAAUGAGAAUAGUUUGGAUCACACCACACCACCUCAUGAUGGACUUUCGAUGGCCUCUCAUAGACCUCAGCGGGAAGCUGUUCACAUUGAGAAGAUAACACUGAAAGGAGUAUCAAGAAAAAGGGCUGACAAACAUUUGGAGUACACCUUCAAAGUAACCUGGUCUGAUCUUUCUGUAACAUGUGUAACAAAAACACACCAGGAGCUGCAGGAAUUCCUACUAAAACUUCCAAAGGAACUGUCAUCUGAAGCGUUCGACAAGACCAUUUUACGAGCACUAAAUCAGGGUUUCCAGAAGAAGGAAGAACGGCGGCACCCAGAUCUAGAGCCAAUAAUAAGGCAGCUAUUUUCAAAUACAUCACAGGUAUUUCUGCAGAGUCAGAGAGUGUACAACUUCUUCCAGUCAAUUUCAUCAGAAUCUUUGCACACUCACAGUAACUUACAACCCUCUUUGAAGACAGCUAAGGCAUCAGAACACUUCAAGGAGGACAGUUCAGAGGCUUCAAGUCAGGAGGAAGAUGUAAUGCAGCACACAUCAGUCCACAAAAAACAUAAUGGGAAAAGUCCUGUUGCCAACACUAGCAGUACAAAAUGUUCUUCACUGGAUGGCCUUAACAUAAAACACUCUGAACAGAAUGGGGUAGUGGAUUGGAGAAGAAAAAACUGCACUGUUCAACAGCAUCCAGAGCACUGUACAAACUUACUUGAUCAGCAUGCUGGAGAGAAAUGGGGCUUAUCUGCAAUAAACAAGAAGAAAGGAAAGCCACAACUGGAAAAGGAUAAAAUAAAGAAAACUGACAGCAGAUUGAGCAAUAGGAUUAAUGGAGUUAGAGUUGCAGCAACACAGCACAUCCGUGCAGGGGCAGCAAAAGAUCUGAAUUUGGACGUUGGAUCUGGACGUGACACAUGUGGAGAAACAUCUUCAGAGAGUUACAGUUCUCCUUCUAGCCCACAACAUGAUGGGAGGGAAAGCUUUGAAAGUGAAGAAGAGAAGGACAGAGAUACAGACAGCAAUUCAGAGGACUCUGGGAAACAAAACGCAGGCAGGUUUACUGUUUAUGGUGCUGUCAGUCCAUCGAACAUCAAAGCAACAGCUGCUCAGAUUUCUUCAGUGAGUAAUGAGAAUGGAAGUAUUUCAGAGGAUCCUUUAAAUUCAAAGUUUCAACAUAUUUCAUUUAUGCCUGCCUUACACUGUGUGAUGCACAAUGGUGCACAGAAACCUGAAGCUGUAGUUCCACCACCCAUAUCUGCUGAUGGUAAAACAAUGGGAAUGCUUGUUACCACUCCUGUCGCUAUCUCGCCAAUGAGAGAAUCUGCAAAUCCAACUCCAGUUGGAAUAGGGCCAAUGACUUCUGGUGAAUCUGAAAAACGCCUUGAGCUGUUGGCUUCCCCUCUACCAGUACCAUCUACUUUCCUUCCACAUUCUGUACAGCCUGGUAGCCCAGCUUUGCACUUGGCAAUACACAGAUUGAAAAUACCCUCUUCGCAGGGGUCAUCUGAAAAUUGCACAGUUAAUGGACCACAGCAACCAACAGCAAACUUAAGCGUUGGCUCACCAAAUACUGCCUUUAUCCCAGUCCACAGCCCAGGUAGUUUUCCAGGAUCCCCAGUUCCUAAUACAGAUCCCAUCACAAAACCUGCAUCCCAAGUGGUAGGACUGAAUCAAAUGGUGCCUCAUAUUGAGGGGAACACCGGAGCAAUCCCUCAGCCUACCAGUCUAAAGGUAGUUCUUCCCGCAGCUGGUCUUUCAACAGCACCUCCACCGGCUUCCUAUACUUUGCCAGGCACUCCUCAUGCUACCAAUGUGUUGCCCAACCAGAAUACAAAUGUGCUGAACUCUGUAGCAACUUCCACACCACCUCAAUCAGCUGGUUUAGGUGUUGGUCAGAUCCAGUCAACUAUUCCCCCUGCAAUACCUACCCAUACACCAGGCCCUGCCCCUAGCCCAAGCCCUGCUUUAACACACAGCACUGCGCAGAGUGACAGCACAUCCUAUAUAAAUGCUGUUGGAAAUACUAACACUAAUGGGACUUUAAUGCCUCCACAGCAGUUGGGGUCUGGGGCUUGUGGUUCUUGUGGACGUAGAUGCAGCUGUGGGUCCAAUGGAAGCCUUCAGAUCAAUAGCUAUUUUUAUCAUAACCCUAUUCAUGGACAAGUCUACAGAGUUCCACCUUUCUUCACUCUGCCAUCUCUUUGCAAUGGCAGCUACCUCAACCAAGCACAUCAAAGCAAUGGAACACAACUUCCUUUUUUCCUGCCUCAGACUCCAUAUGCAAAUGGACUGAUGCAUGACCCAGUAAUGGGGAGCCAAGCCAACUAUGGUAUGCAGCAAAUGGCAGGAUUUGGGAGGUACUAUCCUGUAUAUCCAGCACCUAACGUAGUUGCCAACACAAAUGGAUCGGGGCCCAAGAAGAAUGGGAAUGUUUCAUGUUACAAUUGUGGUAUAAGUGGACACUAUGCGCAGGACUGUAAGCAGUCAUCCAUGGAGGCCAAUCAGCAAGAAAGGUGUGUGCGUGUGUGUUUGUAUAAAUGUACGUUGUGCACUAGUGGUCUGCUAUAAAACCGCAAAGAGGCUUAUCUAGCCCCAAUCAAAUACUGGGGAAAUGGAGUUCACAGGUACUAAACUAAAUUUUGAAGGGGUAUGAAAUUGGGUUAGGAAAUGAACCCAUCUCUGUUCUAAAUUGUCAUUCUUUUCUCUAGGCUUUUGGCAGUAUUUUCAGACUUGCAUGCUAUUAAUGUCAAGUCUUCCACUCCCUUUGAUGUUUUGGUAGAAUUCAGUUGCAAAAAGGAUUGGAAAUUGUCAGGUACUAUAUACAAUACAUGGCUUGGAUUUCUAAAGCAUGUGAAGAUUGAGAAAACAAACUGGUCAUUCUGAUGUAUUUUUUACCUCUGCAUAACCAACUAUCCUCUGUAUAACCUAUUUUAUGUAGGUGGGAUUUGUUUGACUUCUGAGACAGUUGCAGCAAAAAGACAUUGAAAUAAGACACUAAUAAGAAAUCAAAAUUUAACAAAUGACUUCAGUUUUAUAACUUCCAUCCUCUUUCCAUUCAAAAAAAGAGGGGGAAACAGUGUUUGUACCUGUAGAACAUUAAAUACAUUUUUCUUCCAUCACUUCCUUUCUGAUCCUCAGUGUGUCUGUUCUGACCUUAAUCAUGUUUGCCAAACUUGAACAGGAAAAAUUAGUCUUGGUGUUUGGGGAUUGCUUUUACUUUGCAUUUUUCCAGGGGAGGUAGUAUCUUACAUUUUUACGUUGGAUUUCUUUUAUGCUGACACUUCAUCAAGGAGAUGAAAAACGAUGAAGUUUGAGCCCUCCUUUUAAAUAAGAUUGGAGAACAAGAUAGUGCCUUUUGAAGAGCAUGUCCAUUUUGAUACCUUGUAGUGGUUUGUAAUCUGUUUAAUUGUAAACAGUGACUUAGUAGUUCUCUUUCCUGUUUUAGGCACUUACAGACUGAGAUACGCACCUCCCCCUCCCCCUUCCAAUGAUACGUUGGAUUCUGCAGACUGAAACAAGUAAACAUUGCCUACAUAACAAACUGAAGUUUGGGGAAUUGAGAGGGAGGGGGAAUGUUUCCUGAGGUCUUGCAUUUGGGAUAUUCCUGGUUUUAUAUUCUUUUGGAAUUUUUCAUUGCUUUUGCACCUCUGUUCAAUACAAAAGAAGAAAACUGAGUCCCUGAUCUCCUGGUUCUGCAAAAAGCUUGCAUAAUGCAUGUAAUUCAAACACACAGCCAAACAAUCAAAAGAGCAUUUGAACCAUACUUUUGCACUGAAGACUUGAGACAUGUGCAAUGUUUACUGCAUUUUUUAAAAUGUCCUUUGACCUCCGACAUCACUGGUGGAGCAGCCAUAUGGUUGAAACAAGAAACUUGGUCAUGUUCUGUCACAAUCCCACCUCUUCUGUCCCACCCCACUCCACCCCCAGCCUGUUCUCCUUUUGCUGCUGUUUUUGUUUCUCUCCCACCUUCACUGUGUGUCCACAGGUUUCAUUGGACUGUCUGAGUAUUUGGCAGUUUAUAGAGAAUUUGUCCAAACUAUAGCAAAUAGUUAUACUCAUGAAUUAUAUGGGGAAAUUGUUUAGUCUUCCUGUGGGGAGCGAGACUAAAGACUCACAGAAUAGUGUGUAUGUAAUAUCUUGUUUUACACACACACACACACACACACACACACACACACACACGUAAAUGAAAAUACUUCAAGUGGGAAGGGAAUGAAACACUGUGGACUAAAACAGAUUUAUGAACGUGAGCAAGCUUAAAGUGAAAGAUCUUAUUUCCAUUGUAGUGUUUUAGCCUGAUUGUUCCAAGAGACAUGGGGCGGGGGGUUGGUAUGAAUGUUGUAUUCCAUGUGUUUGCAUUUCUGAUGAAAGCUGACAGUGAGUCCUUUUUUAAAAGCUAUUCUACUUCUGUGUCAACACAGAAUGAACAUUACUUGAUUUUGAUUUGAUUUUUCCCUAAACUAUUACAGUGUUGCAUUGUAUUUAGAAUGUAAAUGGUUUAUUUCAGUCUGAACAAAAGUUACGGUUUUCUACAAAAUAGUCAGGUAUUAGUAUUAGGACUGGUCUACCAAAUAGCAAAGUCACUAUUUUAUAAUUUACCACUAUGCGUGAUUAUGGUAUAAUGUGAAAGACUGAAAUGCGUGUGCUAAGAUGGUAUUAAUCAUGUUGGUGUCAUGUCAGUAAGUUUAAUGCUGCUGUAUUUUUAUUUUUAAAAGCCAAUAUGUACUAAAUUGCUUCCAGGUAAUAUUUGAUUUCCUAAAGUGCACUGAGGUUAUCUGGAAGAUUGAGUGAAUUUUUCAUGACUGCUAUAUUCAACACCGAUGAACAAAUUACCACUGUAUAUCCAUAGGUUUUUGGCAUUCCUCACAGUUCAUAGCAGAAAUGAAAGAUUUUUUUUAAAGUAAGAUGCUGAUAUGCAGUAGAGGGACAAAAGUAAAAUUGUAUGGGGGUUCAGCUGCCUAAUUGCUAAACAAAAACUUGAAGAAAAAAAGCUUGAUUUACUAAAUGUCUUCAUAGGUAGCAUUUAUAUUUAUAGCACCAGUAUACAUUUUUCUCCCUUGGGGUGGGGUAGGGUAGAUGAAAGCUUUAAUUUAAAAAGAAAAGAAAAAUAAGUAGUAAAUGGAAAUUAUUUUGAUUAAAAAUAUUUUAUUUGAUCUGGGUAUUUUUGGACCGCAUUAUUAAAUGAAUUAACUGCAUUUGAGUUUAAGUGAGGGUGUUAAAGCACCAAUGGACUCACAUUGUGAAUUACCUGCCAGUUGUACUUUAUGGAACUUAUUUUAUGAUUUAAAAUACUGUACUGUAAAUAGGAGGUAUGUUACCUUCUCUUUAUUUGUAUGUUUACCAUAUACUUUGAUAUUUGAAAUGUUAUGUACUGGAAAGGUCACUUAUAUUUCUAGAACAGAUUGGAUUUUAUGCAACCUUUCUUCCUUGAAUUAACAGCAAUAAAAAAGGAAAAAAGUGUC